GUUCUGUUCCCACAGUCAUUAUGCUCGGUAUUCUAUUGAACAGUCGCAUAAAGAAGCGGUUACCGAAAGCCUCAUACAGUCACAACUACCGAGAUGAGUUCUUUCUCUUAGAAGAGGAAUAUUGUGCAAGCAGGAUGACAGGUCGUCGACGGUAUAUUCACACAUCUCUGAGGAAUCUGAGCAUGUUCCGUGUGCUGUAGAGUGAGAGGAGCAUGAUUACAAGAGAAAUGUGACACUACCGCGCUCCCUCCGCUUCACUUGGGAAUGGAUUAAUGUGAAAGACUUAAUCCUUCCUAAAGGUUACAUCUUGUCAGGGUGGGAAUGCAAAACGGUGGCUGGUAAAGAGCACCCUGCCUCUCAGAUAUGCCCAGGCGGGGGCUUCCUCUGCAGGGGCGGGCGCGCUGGCUUGUCCUGGGGAUAUUUUUGCUUUUGGUACUGCUGCUGUUUGCUUACCUGCUGGAGUGCACGCCGCCUGCGGAUGUAAGCCAGGUGCUGCCUGGCCUGGGAGGAGAUCCGUAUGGAAAGGAGUAUUACCAGACCCUCCUGCAGGAGCAGGAAGAGCGGCAUAUCAGCCGAGCGGCCAGCCUCAAGAGACAGAUUGCGCAGCUCAAACAAGAACUCCAAGAGAUGAGUGAGAAACUGAGGGUACUUCAAGAAAAAAAGGAGGGUCCCGGACCGCAGAGCCUGAUCGAUGGCAGAGAUCAAGAGCCUGGUGACCUCUUGGAGUACUUGCACUCACAAAUCGACAAGGCAGAGGUGAACACGGGAGCGAGGCUGCCGAGCGAGUAUGCACUGGUGCCCUUCGAGAGCUUCACCACCACAAAAGUGUACCAGCUGGAAAUGGGCCUGACGCGCCAUCCUGAGGAGAAGCCUGUGCGGAAGGACCGGAGGGAUGAGCUGGUAGAGGUGAUAGAAGCAGGUUUGGAUAUUAUUAAUAACCCAGAGGAAGAUGACGGACAGGAGGACAACAUCCCCAUGCAGAGGCAGACGUUCACUGAAAGCCACUUUUUUGAAGGACUCUACAGGACCGAGAGGGACAAAGGCACACUGUAUGAGCUCUACUUUGCUAAAGAGAAUUCCCAUGAGUACCGUCACGUCACCCUCUUUCGUCCGUUCGGGCCCCUGAUGAAAGUGAGGAGCACUUCUGUAGACACCGCCAGCACCGUCAUUAACAUCAUAGUGCCGCUGUCAGGCCGCACUGAAGCCUUUGUUCAGUUCUUGCACAACUUCAGGGAGGUUUGUAUACAGCAGGACAAGCGGGUGCAUCUCACAGUGGUGUAUUUUGGGCAGACGGGCUUGCAGGAGGUGAAGGCAUCUCUGAGGAAAAUGUCCAGUGAGGAAAACUUCAGUAACUACACUCUGAUCCCUGUGGAUGAGGAGUUUUCGCGUGGCCGUGGUCUGGACAUUGGAGCUCACACGUGGGAGAAGGGGGAUGACGUGUUGAUGUUCUUCUGUGAUGUUGACAUCUACUUCACACUGGAAUUUCUUAGCACCUGUCGUCUCAAUACAGCUCCAGGAAAACGAGUUUUCUACCCGGUGGUUUUCAGUUUGUACAAUCCAUCUAUAGUUUAUGGAAAUCUUGAGUUUCCGCCCCCCAUUGAGAAUCUGCUGAUUCAUAAAAAAGAUGCCGGAUUCUGGAGGGAUUUUGGAUUUGGCAUGACUUGUCAGUAUCGCUCUGACUUCCUCAGCAUUGGAGGAUUUGAUCUGGAAGUGAAAGGCUGGGGUGUAGAAGAUGUGCACUUGUACAGGAAGUAUCUACGGAGUGAUCAGAUUGUGAUCCGCACGCCUGUAUCAGGCCUCUUCCACCUGUGGCAUGAGAAGCUCUGCGCAGAUGAACUGACCCCAGAACAGUACCGCAUGUGCAUCCAGUCCAAGGCCAUGAAUGAGGCGUCACACUCUCACCUGGGCAUGCUGGUGUUCAGGGAGGAGAUCGAGACUCACCUUCGAAAGCAGGCCUACAAAACCCAGAGCAGACCAGCAGAAUGAAUUGACUACAGAAUCAACAAUACAGAGCACAACUUUGUUGACAUAGCAAUGAAGAAAUGGGUCAAACGGACAUUUUUGGUAUUAUAGGAACUAAGUCCACUCUAAAUAAUAAUCUAUGGAUUACUGAAGACCUUGACAGCAAAAAAAAAAAAAGACUUAAGUGUGGUGGAAGGAUGGUACUGAUAGGUACUACCUAAACUGUUUACAUCAUUGAGAAUUUAAUUUACGUUCUGGAAUAGUCUGCUUUAAUGCCAGUUAAAAUUUUAGGUGUUCUACACUAGGACUUAUUUACUACAUGUGAAUAAUGACCAGUCCCAUUAGGGAAAUGAGUUAAUGAAGAUGAGCGGAAAUGCAGAAAUUGUUAGGGCCUCAUUCAUGAAAGAGUUCGUACAAACUAUUCAUAAAUGUAUGUAAGUUGUCUUAAUGAAUUGAAUGCAACAGAUGCAGCAUGUCUUUGGAGUUUGUAAAUAAUUGACGGAGCCAUACAUUACAUUUUUGUAUUAUUUGUAUUGAAAAUGUAUGCGCUGUGACAAAAAGGGAGUUCCAUUGCUAAAAGGGGCAAUCAUCUACAGAUGGAUGUAGUUAAACUUGCCGUGCUGGAUUUAUUCUGUUGGCAAUGUCUGUGUUGGAACAGUAUUCAGAAAAGUCUUCCAUGUGUUUGAGAUGGCAUGGACCUGAUAUGCAUUUUGAUGCGUGUAUCAAACUUAUACUUUGCACCAUGUGUGAGAACACUGGUCAGUGCCGUAGCACUAACAGUCAGGGGUUUAUGAUAAAAUGCACUAAUAUUUCAAGACAUUGGCCUCUGCAACCACUUUGAAAUGAAUCUGUGGUAUAUAGUGAGUUGCUGCAAAAAAA